AUGGCGGGUCUGGUGAGCGCCCUCUUCCAGGUCGCAGACUGUGCAGUUUCUGUUGUAUCUUCUGUAUGUGAUGAGCGUGCUGUUCCUGGCCUGGCGGUGGACUCCAGGCCCAGCUACAGCACUCAGCCCCCAGAUGACAGUCCCCAGUCCAACUGGCGCCGGGGUUGUGUUCAACUUUUAUUUACAUUGCUGAUACCUCCAUUACUUGACCGAAAGCUCAACUAUGCGUUUCUGGAAGCAAGAGAUGCUCUUCUUCAAGUGACAAUUUCACUUAGCAAAGUAGAGCUUAGUGUGGGUGAAUCUAAAUUCUUCACAUGUACAGCAAUUGGUGAGCCUGAGAGUAUAGACUGGUAUAAUCCUCAAGGAGAGAAGAUCAUUUCAACACAGAGGGUAAUGGUGCAGAAGGAGGGUGUCAGGUCACGAUUAACCAUCUACAAUGCAAACAUAGAGGAUGCAGGGAUAUAUCGUUGCCAAGCAACAGAUGCCAAAGGACAGACACAAGAAGCUACAGUUGUUUUGGAAAUUUACCAAAAACUUACCUUCAGAGAAGUGGAGUCGCCUCAAGAAUUCAAACAGGGAGAGGACGCAGAAGUGGCCUGCCGCGUCAGCAGCUCACCUGCACCUGUCGUCAGCUGGUUGUAUCAUAAUGAGGAAGUCACCGCUAUUUCCGACAGCCGGUUCGCUAUGCUAGCCAACAAUAAUCUGCAGAUUCUCAACAUCAAUAAAAGUGAUGAAGGUAUAUACAGAUGUGAAGGAAGAGUGGAGGCUAGGGGCGAAAUUGACUUCCGUGAUAUCAUCGUUAUUGUUAACGUGCCACCAGCAAUCACAAUGCCUCAGAAAUCUUUUAAUGCCACAGCAGAGAGAGGGGAGGAGAUGACCUUAUCCUGCAGGGCCUCGGGCUCUCCUGAGCCCACCAUCUCUUGGUACAGGAAUGGCAAGUUCAUUGAAGAAAAUGAAAAGUACAUAUUGAAAGGAAGCAAUACAGAACUCACUGUCAGGAACAUAAUCAAUAGUGAUGGGGGCCAUUAUGUCUGCAAGGCCACAAAUAAGGCUGGAGAAGACGAAAAACAGGCAUUCCUCCAAGUCUUUGUACAGCCUCACAUAAUACAGCUGAAAAAUGAAACUACAUAUGAGAAUGGCCAAGUGACACUCAAAUGUGAAGCAGAGGGGGAGCCUAUUCCAGAAAUCACGUGGAAAAGAGCCGUGGAUGGAAUCACAUUCUCCGGAGGAGACAAGAGUUCAGAUGGCCGCAUCGAAGUCCAAGGGCAGAGUGGAAGGUCGUCCCUGCACAUUAAAGAUGUGAAGUUGUCCGAUUCAGGGAGAUAUGACUGUGAGGCCGCAAGCAGAAUUGGGGGGCACCAAAAGAGCAUGCACCUCGAUAUCGAAUAUGCUCCCAAGUUCAUAUCAAACCAAACAAUUUAUUACUCUUGGGAAGGAAAUCCAAUCAAUAUAAGCUGUGAUGUGAAAUCGAAUCCACCAGCCUCAGUCCAUUGGAGAAGAGAGAAAUUAGUCUUGCCGGCUAAAAACACCACUAAUUUAAAAACAUAUAGUACAGGGAGAAAGGUGAUAUUAGAGAUUGCACCUACCUCUGACAAUGACUUUGGACGCUAUAACUGCACAGCCACUAAUCGUAUAGGAACAAGAUUUCAAGAAUAUAUUCUUGCUUUGGCUGAUGUGCCAUCCAGUCCCUAUGGGGUGAAGAUCAUAGAGCUGUCGCAGACCACAGCCAGGAUUUCGUUCAACAAGCCAGAUUCCCACGGAGGCGUGCCCAUCCAUCACUAUCAAGUGGAUGUCAAAGAAGUGGCGUCGGAAACCUGGAAAAUCGUACGCUCCCAUGGAGUUCAAACAAUGGUGGUUUUGAGCAAUUUGGAACCAAACACAACUUACGAAAUCAGGGUUGCAGCUGUGAAUGGAAAGGGGCAAGGGGACUACAGUAAAAUAGAAAUCUUCCAAACAUUACCAGUUCGUGAACCAAGUCCUCCGUCCAUCCACGGGCAGCCAAGCAGUGGGAAGAGCUUUAAACUCAGUAUCACCAAACAGGAUGAUGGAGGGGCCCCUAUUUUGGAAUACAUUGUGAAAUACAGAAGUAAAGAUAAAGAAGACCAGUGGCUAGAGAAGAAAGUGCAGGGAAAUAAAGAUCAUAUUAUUUUGGAGCAUCUGCAGUGGACAAUGGGCUAUGAAGUUCAGAUCACAGCUGCCAACAGGCUGGGAUAUUCAGAACCGACAGUCUACGAGUUCAGCAUGCCACCAAAGCCCAACAUUAUUAAAGACACACUUUUUAACGGUCUUGGGCUCGGAGCGGUCAUUGGCCUGGGAGUCGCUGCCCUCUUGCUAAUCCUUGUGGUGACAGAUGUCAGCUGCUUCUUUAUUCGACAAUGUGGGCUGUUAAUGUGCAUCACCAGGAGAAUGUGCGGGAAGAAAAGCGGCUCCAGUGGCAAAAGCAAAGAACUGGAAGAAGGAAAAGCUGCGUACCUGAAAGAUGGAUCCAAAGAGCCGAUAGUGGAGAUGAGAACAGAGGAUGAAAGGAUCACCAACCAUGAAGAUGGAAGUCCAGUAAAUGAGCCAAAUGAAACCACACCACUAACAGAACCCGAAAAAUUGCCUUUAAAAGAAGAGAAUGGGAAAGAAGUCCUAAAUCCAGAAACUAUAGAAAUUAAGGUUUCUAAUGACAUCCAAUCAAAAGAAGACGACAGCAAAGCAUAACACCAAGAUGGCAGAGUCUUGAGCAAUGCUACAAGGAGCAUUUGGAUUGCAGUGACCCUAUUACCAAAACUAUUCCAUUGACCUUAAUUUCUUGGGAAAACUUCUAGCUUGGAAUAGCUUGUACACAUAUACAUAUGAUCAGAUACUCCCGCCCAUGGUCCAUUUCCUUU